CAAAGUGGUAAAACAACAUAAAUCUUUUCAACUAUGUAACAAAAUACUUUUUAUACAAUUUCCCACUACCGGAAUGUCUGGCCCAAGGAAAAUUCCUCAUGGCAUAGCUGGCCUAGACCGCUUGAGCCGAACGGCCUACCAAUUCGGCCUUGGGUAUCUAUGGAAGGAUUUCGAAUCCAAACUCCCAGAUCUAUUUGUAGAUGAUGCAACCCAGAGCAGGGUCGGUGUUGCUAUGGCACAGAAAAAUGAGACCCAUUGGGUAUCAACUCCAGAAGAAUUAUGCGCUACUCUAGGGAAAGGAGUCCCAAUGUUAUUAAUCCUCAAUCGUUAUAAUUCAUGGAGUAGGAUAGAUAUCACCAUUGAAGGCUUCUCCGCGGUAUGCCAUCUUGCUGGAAUUACGCCCUUCUUUUUGCACUUCGUAGUUGGGAUGGGUCUUAAGUUCUCAUCAAAGGAUGAAGACUUUAUGGCAUGCUAUAGCACAUUUAUAUCGGAGAAGAAUCGUUCGGUUUCCAGCCUGAGUAGGACAGAAACCCACAGUGAUUCGCUUUGGGGGAUAUGCUACAACAUUAGGCAUUUUGAACGGCAUCAUCGAGAUUUGGAAGACUCAUGGUCCUGUCGCCACUCGGCUCUUCACCAGAACUUCUCCGCAGUUUCCAAACAGCCAACAUGGGUCAUCAUCCAACCCCCUGAAGUGUUUGACCUCAAUGUAGACUCGGUAUCGCACCCAAUGGCCUUGCACCUUCGAUAUCUUCAAGCAGCUCUUGCAAAUUGGAGAGAAUAUCUCGACUCCUUUGCCCAAGUAUUCAAGCUCCUCAAUCAACAGAUAGCAAUACCAAAUCCGUAUAAUAAAUUCAAGAUCGACUUUUCGCACGAGCAACGCCUGCACUACCAUAGAGGAAAGCUUCAUCAUGCCCAGAGCAUUCUCACCAACACGAGGAACACUUUCAAUAUCAUCACCGAACACGAGUUUGCUGUAGCACAAAAGCAGAACCUUUGCCAAGACGUUCACGAUGACUUCCAGCGAAAAAUGCGUAAUAUUUCUCGGGAAGUCGAUAAUUAUAUUGAAACAGCGCACAAGCUUCUUCGCAUGUCAGAUGAUUUGAGGUUGAUGUAUAGCAAUAUCCUCACAUUUCACGGCCAAGAGUUGCAGCACGAUACUAGCCUAAAGCUUGCAUACCUGGCGCAGGCCGAUGCCAGCGGAAGCAGAGACAUGGCAGUCUUGGCUGACCUUACGUAUAAGGAUUCGCGAUCUAUGCGUAUUGCAACGGCUAUUGCCAUGUUCUAUCUUCCAAUAAAUCUGGUCAUGUCAUUCUUCAGCAGUACACUGGUCUGGUAUGGAACGGCAGUUGAUGUGGCAGAAAGCUACAGUUCUAGUAUCCAAAUCCGCAGCGAGGUAUGGAUCGCGAGCGUAGCGGCUGUUGUGCUUGCUAUUGGCACUGUGUGCUGGUCUUGGUGGUGGAAUUGGAGGGAGCAGAAGAAGCCAGAUAAGAAGGCCCUUCAAGAAUAACUUCCAUAUCAAUGUUCAGUUAAGUGAAACUUGUUAUGAUUUAUAACUAGUAGAAUAUCAAUUCAAAAUACAAAACCUAUGCUUAUUUAGUAAGACUAUAAUAGGA